CAACCAGCUAGCGUAGCGUUUGUUUGUCGCGAUAAUUGUUAUGUGCUUCAAUCUAUAAAGAUAAUAUUUUUGGCGAUAACUCGAAAUAUCGAACUAAGAGAUGACUUCGGACGAGUCCGAUGAUGAACCGCUAUCCGUGAUAGCGGCUAAUAAAAGAGAACAAGCUGCUGAAGAGUCAGCCGAGAUUACUCUGGUUCCAGUUAAGAAGAAAAAGAAAGUAUCUCCUCCAAAGCGGCUUUCGAUUACUAUAAAGCUUCAACGUAAGAAGACAGACCAGCCACCAGUGAUAGAACGGCCUGCGGACGUGUGGUUAUACUUAAAGGAUUUUAACCCAGCAGGUCCUUACAGCUGUUUGCUUUGCUCAGAUUGGUUCAUAAACAGAUCGAAAAUUAUUAUUCACUAUGUUUUGAAUCAUAAGAAGGACUUUUGCGGUAUUUGUAGAUAUUUUGUGCCUGACAGAGAUUCAUGGUGGAAACAUCAAAAGUUUCACACUCCUUGGCCUUGUUCUCAGUGUGUGCAGAACUUUGAGACAGAAGUAGAAAUCCGCCACCACUUGAAGACUGUUCACAAUCUAGUUCACUGUAGACUUUGUCACUUCAGGGUCCUGGAUGGUGACCCCUACCAUACACAUUUAUUCCAAAAGCACAACAUAAGUAAUGUAGCAAAUAAAGAUGAGGAGAGUCUCUGGGAGUUAGAGUAUGAUGGUACCUCUAACUUUCAAUGCCUACUCUGCAACAAAACCAAUAUCACCACUAGAACAUUCUUCAACCACUACAUGGGAUACCACCAUUUCACCCUAAAAUGCUUCACACAUCUCAUAUCUGGCAGAGAUCCGCCAUUUACCGUAUAUGGAGCUGAUCUCAGACCAGAAUUUGUUGAGGAGCAAUUGAAGAAUCAUCCAAGGUAUGGUUAUGUAGAAUCAGACUUCAAACCUGCUGGCUGCCCUAUUGAUACUGACCCGAAUGCUACCAAAGACCUGCUCAAAGUGCUGAUACCUGAAAUCAAACAAGAAGUGGUGACUGUUGAUGAGACUAAGACUGAUGAUGGAUUGGAAAAGCCAAAGGAUGAUGAUUAUGAUGAUGUCUAUAAGAACUACAAUGGGGAUGAUGACUUUGAUGUUACUUCAUUGGAACUUGUAGCUGUACAAAAAUGUUACCAUGAUUACAUAAGUGAUAUAUUGUCUGAGGUCAAUGCUAAGUCGUUCUUUGAAUAUUCUGAUGUCAAUUAUGACAAGAUUACAACUGAGAUUACUAUGGAUAUAGUGUGUACCCUGUGCAGUGUGAGGUACAGUACAUUGUCUCUGUUUUCAGCACACAUGUUUAAAAUGCACUGCAUAAAGUCAUCACCCAUAUUUUCGUGUAGAGUGUGUGUGACACCGUUUGAAAACCAGACCGAACUAGACAAUCAUAUAACAAAUGAGUUGGGAGACUUUGAGGAUCUGUGGAUAUGUCAGUUUUGUGAUAAAGAGUUUGAUGAUAGGGAAUCGACGCGCCGUCAUUUGACUGAACAUUGGGAUCUAGUAGAAUAUGACAAUUGUUUUAGCCCACAUUUAGGUUUCAAGUGCAGAUACUGUCCCACACUGUUUUGGCAUGAAACCGACAGGGAGACUCAUCAGGUUCGCGCGCAUUAUUUCAAUCAUAAAGAAGAUUAUUACAAGUGUGAAACCUGUAAUGAACUUUAUAGUGAUAAGAUCUGGUUUGUCCACCACUACAUUGAAAGGCACUGUACUCCAGAGAAGACUCCACUGUACCUCCUCAAGUGCUACCUCUGUUGUCUAGUACUACCAACUAUCGAGGAAAUGCGAGGCCACUUUAACUGUGAACACCCUGAAGCUAGGAAGGUGUUCUGUUCCUUAAACUCCUGUCAGUACAAGCCUUUGAGUCAUAGAAAGUCGUUUAAACUGCAUGUGCGGUCGAUGCACACUUCCCGUGCACGUCCGGAGCGCGCGGCAGACUGCAGCGUAUGCGGGCGCGAGUUCAGCAGCUCGCGCGCUUGUGGGGCGCAUAUGGCACAAGCGCACGGCCCCGGCAAGUUCAAGUGCAAGCUCUGCAGACAAGUACUGCAUACUAUGGAUGAGAGAAAACUUCACUACUUAAUAUCUCACCCCGGUCAGCAUCCAUUCGAAUGCAAUGAAUGCGGCAAAUCGUUCCAGUACAAGUCGUCUCUAUACAUGCACAAACAAGAUCACAUGCCCAACAAACAGAAUUAUACCUGUACCUACUGCGGGAAAACGUUUUUGAAACGUGAUUCAUUCCGCGAACACGUACAAAUCCACGAGGGUCCACGGCACGCGUGCUCGUACUGCCCGAUGCGUUUCGUGCAACGUUCCAACAUGUUGCGACAUGAACGGAGACAUACUGGGGAGAGACCGUACGCCUGUCCACACUGCCCGAGGAGCUUUGCUGAUAAAGGAGCUUGUAAUUCUCAUGCAAGGACUCACUUGAAAGACACAUCGUACGCGUGUAUGUACUGCGGCAAAACGUUCGUGCAGAAAUCGAAGCUUACAUAUCACAUUAGAAAGCAUACGGGAGAGAAUCUGGAAACAUGUCCUGUAUGUUCCAAAUUGUUUACAAGCGCGUGUUCGUUGCGCGAGCAUAUGAAGAUACAUGAACCUAAGAAGGAGCUCAUCAAAUGUCCUCUCUGUGAUCGCAAGUAUCAAGACGAGCGCUACAUGCUACGUCACCUGCGCACGAGUCACACGCGCGCGCGACACCCCUGUCCCAUCUGUAACAAGAUGCUCACCAGCCCUGCUGGGCUCAGGCAUCACGUCAUCACUCACAGCAAUAUGAAGACCAUACAGUGUAAAAUGUGUCCAAAAGCCUAUUCAGUGAAGAGGACAAUGAUCAAGCACUUCCGACGUCGCCACGGCUUCAAGGGCACUGAGCCGAACAUUAAAGAGUUCUACACUAGACUGGACCCGAGAGAGUGCAACCUUGGUCUCGACGAGCCUCUAAUGACCAGUAUAUUUGGACCUCCGAAGAAGAAAAUGGACGACCUAUUAAUGAGUAAUUAUGUGACUCUAACUAAUCAGAAUCAACUUCCAGAACGAGUUCCCAUGCAGGCUCCUGAGAGCGAGACAGCAGAAGAUACGCCUAACGAACAUUCACAACAGUCCAAUGAUAACGAUAAUGAUGAACAGUCCCAAGAGAGUGAAAGAGAAUCAAGUUUUGCCCAACCAGACAAAGUCGUCAUAAAGGUUGAAGCUAAAGAUGAUGACGAUUUUGAACAUGAUCCCGAAUUAGAACCUACUGAUUUCGUUAGCGUCAAAAUUGAGCCAGUGGAUGAUGAUCAAUGAUCAUAAUGAUUAGGAUUGUUCACUGCAUAGAAUUCCUAUUGGUAGACCAAAGUACGAGCGAGAUACGUCAUAAAAAUAGAUGACUGUUGAUUGGUCCCUUUUGGAAGUAUCGUAAUGUGAUUGGCGGAGC